UCUUGCUGCACGAUCUGCGCUCGGGUAGCCUGAGUCUCAGCUUUUGGUAGCAUCCAUGAACGGACUUGGGACUAGAAAAUGCAUUGAUACGGUCUUGCUGCGGUCGCAGCAGAGCUUCAACCGCAGAAAACAAUUCCUCGGGGUGUACUAUGGGGCAGCUUCCAACUGCAUGCGAUCUUAUGCAUCCGCUAGCGCGAAUGUCGUGCAGCGACCUACCGCGAAGAAGGCGAACCCGCCUAUGUCGCAGACUAAGCCGGUCUUGAACACCGCCAAAACUCCUACGUCUGCCCCCUUCAAAGUCUCCUUCGCUGGUGACACUACCCCCGCCCGAAAAGCCCCCGCUCCAGCGGCACCCAAGCCUGCCGCCUUCUCCUUAAGACCCAAGCUUACAGGCAAGAUCAAGAGCAAUGCCCUAAAUAGACGCCACGAAGCCCUUGCAGCUACGGAGAUAAAAGAGGCGAAACAAGCGCGCGCAGAGCAGCUCGAAAAGCAGUUGGAGCAGUUGAAGGAGCUCGCCGCUAUCGAGCGGCAUAACCCCACAAUUGACCCGUGGUCUGGUGCCGUGCAGACGUUAGACCUUCACAUACCCCUCUCACGCUCGUUCAAGGAGGGUGCGACGCUCAGGGAUCAUGUCGACGAGUGGAAAUUGACAUUUCAGAACUAUGUCCGGAACGUCAUCAGCAUGUGGCGGAUGGCCAAGGCCAAUGCCUUCCCGGACGUCGACGUUAAGCGGCGGUAUUCGCUGAACGUGCUUCUGCCAGCGAGGAUAAAGCCCAACGACUGGCUAGCGCCCUUCCGCGCGAUGGCCUUGAAGAAUUACAAGCAGGUGCUCCAAGCCCUUGCCAACCUGGACGAGAGGACCAUGAAACGCCUGACGACAGGGUCCUACCAGGACGACAUGCUGAAGUACAUAAAGCAAGCCCGCGAUCAGAAGAUGCACCUUAAGCAACACUACGUCAAGGAUAACCAGCCGCCCAUCGUGGUCAGUAUCCGCGCCAUCGAGGGCUACCUCGGCGCCGAAGAGCCCAAGAUCGGGAACAGGCUCCUUGUGCAAAUCUGCGUGAUGUUCGAUAUGGAGCAGACGAUAGAGGUCUACAACAGGGACGGCAAGCUGCUCACGCGCGAAGGCGCCAUCGCGCUCAACCAGGAGCCCCAGCCGAGUCGGACGGUGGAGUUCAUAGUGUUCGAGAAGAAGAUGUGGUAUGACGGGCCGUGGGUCAUCCGGGACCAGCUCUAUCCUGGAGUGAAGCCCAAGUUCACGGAGCUGCAGUAGAGAGCAAUAGGCAUUAUACGCGGUUACAUGCUAUGCUAAUAUCAUUAGAGCUUGGUUCCCAC